AUGUCUUUCGAAUAUUUUCAAGAAGUUGCUAAUGAUUAUGAAAAAUUACUUUAUGAAAGUGAUGAAAAAUAUGAUGUUGUUAUAUACUCUGGCGAAAAUAAUAAUGCAAAAGAAAUAUAUGCACAUUCAUUUAUUUUAUGUGCAAGGUCGAAAUAUUUUCGUACUGGGCUUUCUACUGUUAGAUGCGAUGGUAAGUAUGUAUUUAAUAAGCCCAGCAUUACUCCUCAAAUAUUUGAAAUAAUUUUAAGAUUCAUUUAUUGCGGAAAAAUAGAUUUAACGAAUUUACAAGCUACUGAAGUAUUAAAACUUUUAAUAGCAGCGGAUGAACUUAAUAUUCAAACCUUAAUCAUGUGCUUUCAGAAAUAUUUGAUUGAACAUCAUUAUGAAUUUUUGCAGCAAAAUUCUAUAGAAAUUCUUGGAGUGGUUUAUCAGCAUGAAUCAUUUAUAGAAUUAUGGAAUUUUUACCUUGACAGAAUUUGCGAAGAUCCUCUGUUAUUAUUUAAUUCAAAUAAGUUCAUCAAUCUGAACGCAAAUUUUUUGGAAUUGCUUUUAAAACGAGAUGAUUUAAAUUCAGAUGAAAUUAUCAUCUGGGAUAGUUUAAUGAAGUGGUGUUUGGCUCAACAUUCAAAUAUUCCACAAAAUGUUAGGGAUUGGAAUAAUGAAGAUUUUAAAAUUAUGGGGAGUAUCAUUAAUAGGUUUAUUCCUCUAAUAAGAUUUCAUGACAUCUCUCCAGAAGAUUUCAUUUCAAAAGUAUUUCCUUAUAAAAACUUGAUGCAAGACGAUUUAGUUACCCGAAUAUUUACAUUUCAUAUGGUUCCAAGUUCGUUUAUUAAUUUACAACGUCCUAGAAAAUCAAAAUAUGUAUUUGAUUCAACCUUAAUUGAAUCUAAACAUUUUUCUCUUUUUUCUAGUUGGAUUGAAAAGAAAAAUAAUGUUCAUUAUAGUCCAACGAAUAAUCCUUAUAGUUAUAAUUUAAUUUACCGCGCUAGUAGGGAUGGUAAUACACCCGUAGCAUUUCAUAGUAAAUGUGAUAAUAAAGGAGCUACAAUAGUUGUUGUUAAAGUUAACAAAUCAAAUCAAAUCAUAGGGGGAUAUAAUCCUCUUCAAUGGGAUUCAAGUAAUAAAUAUAACCCUACAAGUGAUAGUUUUAUAUUUUCUUUUAAAAACAGUGUAGAAGUAGGUUAUAGUAAUAAUAAUCAAUUUUCUAUAGGUUGUUGUUCAGCUUAUGGUCCAAUGUUUGGUGGUGGGUUUGAUUUAUAUUUUAAUAAUGAUGGUUGGCGAAGCAAUAAAAGUGAUUAUAGUUCUUAUCCUAAAAUUGAUGUACCGGGAUAUUUUAAAGCAGAUGAUUAUGAGGUUUUUCAAGUCAUUAGGAAGUGUUUUUAA